AGACCUCGUUGUGAGAUUCUACUCAGCGCUUCUACUGCAGCUAAUACAGGUGACGGGACCAACAGGACCGGGUACGAGCGCACUGGAAAUCAUGGAGCCUGACUGGGGAGAGCACCUGAACUACUGGGCUCAAAAGCAGCUGAGAAAAGAGAGAGAUGUGAUGGACAUGAUUGUUAUUGAGAUUGAGGAACUGGAAAGCCAGAUGCAGGAGACUGGUGAAGAUAUAGGACAGGGUCAGCGCACACUGGACAUCAUCGAGACUGACAGGGGAGACGACAUGAAAAACAUGACAAAAGAAAUUGAGGACAUGGAAAACAGAAUACAAGAGUUUAAUAAAGACAUAGGACAGGGUCAGUGCACACUGGACAUCAUCGAUGAGACCAAGAUUGAUAGGGUAGAGCACUCGGACUACUGGGUUCAAAGGCAGCUGCAAAAAGAGAGCAAUAUGAUGGGUCAGUGGAAACCUGAAGUCAUCAAUGAGAAUAAGAUUAACUGGGUAGAGAACACGACUUGUGAGCUUCCAGAGAGAGAUAUGAUGGAAAUAAUGAGAGAAGAAAUCGAGGAUAUGGAAAACACAAUGCAGGUGUAUAAUAAGGACAUAGGGCAGGGUCAGUGCACACUGGACAUCAUAGAUGAGACCAAAAUAAACUGGGGAGAGCACAUGACUUGUGGGCCUCCGAAGCAGCAGAACAAGAACAGAAUGAUAAAAAUGAUGAGGAAAGAGAAUAAGGAUUUGGCAAGAAAGAUCCAAGAGCUUGAAACUGAAAAAGAGGAAUUAGAAGAGCUGAUGGGCAUUGAGAGGAAGAGGGACAAGGCUGUGAGAAAAACCCUGAGAAAGGGGAUGGACCCAGCUAUUAAAGAAGCUGAACAAGAGGAACAGAAAAAGCAGCGUGAUCAGUUCCUGCUAAUCAAGUCAUUAAGGCUAAAGAUUGAGAAGCUCAUGGCUCGCCUCAGUCCAGACCCAAAACCAGAGUCCCAGAUGAAAAUCACAAAGAAGCUGGGACCAGCCUGGACUCGGAUGGUGGGCGACAAAAUAAAGGCAGAGAAGAAAAACCAAGAGCUGCUUAAACAGGUCAAUGAUCUCCAAGCUGCAGCACAACUGCGUAAAGAAAAGCAAGGCCAGACAGAAACGGAGCUACAAAGCAGGUUAGAAUCGGGGCGACUGGAGAACAAGUCGAAGAGGAGAGCAGAGGAGCGGGCGACAGAGCCGACACCCAAAAAAAAGGAGACUGAGGGAGGAAAUAAGAAGAAGUCGUGGUUCCUCAACCUAAUCAGUAAAAAAGAGAAGAAAUGGUCAGAGGAGAAAAAGAACCUGGAGCUAAACAGGGAAAUGGAGAGAUCCUAUCUAGAGCUGCAGCUUCAAACUAAUGAAGAGCUGCAUGUCUCCAUGAUGGUGAACCAGGCUGCUCUGAAGCAGAAGAUGCUCCAGGAGCUGAAACAAAAACAGCUAAGGAACAUGAGUGAGACAGAAAUGAAAGAAAGAAAGAAGCAGGAGGAGAAAGAGUGGAAGGAAAUAGAGAAGGAGUGUAAGAAAGCAGAGAAAAAGGAGGCUCAGAAUGAGAGGAAAACUAAAAAGUGGUGGAAGAUAAGAUGGUCACCUGAGGAGGAUGGAGUCUACAAAGUUCUUGGUGAGUUCCCUAUACUCGCUGUCUUCUCCAUCCAGGAUGUAGCCAACAACAGCCGAGUCAUCGGAGAACCUCUGAAGCUAAUACAGGUGACGGGACCAACAGGACCGGGUACGAGCGCACUGGAAAUCAUGGAGCCUGACUGGGGAGAGCACCUGAACCACUGGGCUCAAAAGCAGCUGAGAAAAGAGAGGGAUGUGAUGGACAUGAUUGUUAUUGAGAUUGAGGAACUGGAAAGCCAGAUGCAGGAGACUGGUGAAGAUAGAGGACAGGGUCAGUGCAUCCAGACUGACAGGGGAGAGAACUUGGAAAAUUGGCCAAAAGAAAUUGAGGACAUGGAAAACACCAUGCAAGUGUUUAAUAAGGACAUAGGGCAGGGUCAGUGCACACUGGACAUCAUAGAUGAGUCCAAGAUUAACUGGGGUGAGAGCACGACUUGUGGGCUAAUGACAGAAAAAAUAGAGGAUAUGGAAAAAAAGAUACAGGAGUAUAAUGAAGACAUAGGACAGGGACUGUGCACAGUGGACAUCAUUGAUGAGACCAAAAUAAACUGGGGAGAGCACAUGACUUGUGGGCCUCUGAAGCAGCAGAACAAGCGCAGACUGAUAAAAAUGAUGAGGAACGAGAAUAAGGAUUUGGCCAGAAAGAUCCAAGAGCUUGAAACUGAAAAAAAGGAAUUAGUAGAGCUGAUGAGCAUUGAGAGGAAGAGGGACAAGGCUAUGAGAAAAACCCUGAGAAAGGGGAUGGACCCAGCUAUUAAAGAAGCUGAGAAAGAGGAAGAGAAGAAGCAGCGUUAUCAGUUCCUGCUAAUCAAAUCAUUAAGAUCAAAGAUUGAGAAGCUCACAGCUCGUCACAGUCCAGACCCAAAACCAGAGUCCCAGAUAAAAUUUACAAAGAAGCUGGGACCAGUCUGGACUUGGAUGGUGGGUGAAAAAAUAAAAGCAGAAAAGAAAAACCAAGAGCUGCUUCAACAAAUCAAUGAUCCCCAAGUGACCGCACAACUACAAAAAGAAAAGCAAGGCCAGACAGAAACGAAGAAUGAGACUGAGGGAGGGAAUAGAAACAAGUCGUGGUUCUCCAACCUAAUCUGCAGAAAAGAGAAGAAAUGGUCAGAGAAGAAAAAGAACCUGGAGCUAAACAGGGAGAUGGAGAGAUCCUAUCUAGAGCUGCAGCUUCAAACUAAUGAAGAGCUGCAUGUCUCCAUGAUGGUGAACCAGGCUGCUCUGAAGCAGAAGAUGCUCCAGGAGCUGAAACAAAAACAGCUAAGGAACAUGACGCUUCUACUGCAGCUAAUACAGGUGACGGGACCAACAGGACCGGGUACGAGCGCACUGGAAAUCAUGGAGCCUGACUGGGGAGAGCACCUGAACCACUGGGCUCAAAAGCAGCUAAGAAAAGAGAGAGAUGUGAUGGACAUGAUUGUUAUUGAGAUUGAGGAACUGGAAAGCCAGAUGCAGGAGACUGGUGAAGAUAGAGGACAGGGUCAGUGCAUCCAGACUGACAGGGGAGAGAACCUGGAAAAUUGGCCAAAAGAAAUUGAGGACAUGGAAAACACCAUGCAAGUGUUUAAUAAGGACAUAGGGCAGGGUCAGUGCACACUGGACAUCAUAGAUGAGUCCAAGAUUAACUGGGGUGAGAGCACGACUUGUGGGCUAAUGUCAGAAAAAAUAGAGGAUAUGGAAAACACGAUACAGGACUAUAAUGAAGACAUAGGACAGGGACUGUGCACAGUGGACAUCAUUGAUGAGACCAAGAUAAACUGGGGAGAGCACAUGACUUGUGGGCCUCCGAAGCAGCAGAACAAGCGCAGACUGAUAAAAAUGAUGAGGAACGAGAAUAAGGAUUUGGCCAGAAAGAUCCAAGAGCUUGAAACUGAAAAAGAGGAAUUAGAAGAGCUGAUGGGCAUUGAGAGGAAGAGGGACAAGGCUAUGAGAAAAACCCUGAGAAAGGGGAUGGACCCAGCUAUUAAAGAAGCUGAAAAAGAGGAAGAGAAGAAGCAGCGUGAUCAGUUCCUGCUAAUUAAAUCAUUAAGAUCAAAGAUUGAGAAGCUCACCGCCUGUCACAGUCCAGACCCAAAACCAGAGUCCCAGAUAAAAAUGACAAAGAAGCUGGGACCAGUCUGGACUUGGAUGGUGGGCGAAAAAAUAAAAGCAGAAAAGAAAAACCAAGAGCUGCUUCAACAAAUCAAUGAUCCCCAAGUGACCGCACAACUACAAAAAGAAAAGCAAGGCCAGACAGAAACGAAGAAUGAGACUGAGGGAGGGAAUAGAAACAAGUCGUGGUUCUCCAACCUAAUCUGCAGAAAAGAGAGGAAAUGGUCAGAGAAGAAAAAGAACCUGGAGCUAAACAGGGAGAUGGAGAGAUCCUAUCUAGAGCUGCAGCUUCAAACUAAUGAAGAGCUGCAUGUCUCCAUGAUGGUGAACCAGGCUGCUCUGAAGCAGAAGAUGCUCCAGGAGCUGAAGCAAAAACAGCUAAGGAACAUGACGCAUCUACUGCAGCUAAUACAGGUGACGGGACCAACAGGACCGGGUACGAGCGCACUGGAAAUCAUGGAGCCUGACUGGGGAGAGCACCUGAACCACUGGGCUCAAAAGCAGCUGAGAAAAGAGAGGGAUGUGAUGGACAUGAUUGUUAUUGAGAUUGAGGAACUGGAAAGCCAGAUGCAGGAGACUGGUGAAGAUAGAGGACAGGGUCAGUGCAUCCAGACUGACAGGGGAGAGAACCUGGAAAAUUGGCCAAAAGAAAUUGAGGACAUGGAAAACACCAUGCAAGUGUUUAAUAAGGACAUAGGGCAGGGUCAGUGCACACUGGACAUCAUAGAUGAGUCCAAGAUUAACUGGGGUGAGAGCACGACUUGUGGGCUAAUGUCAGAAAAAAUAGAGGAUAUGGAAAAAAAGAUACAGGACUAUAAUGAAGACAUAGGACCGGGUCUGUGCACAGUGGACAUCAUUGAUGAGACCAAGAUAAACUGGGGAGAGCACAUGACUUGUGGGCCUCCGAAGCAGCAGAACAAGCGCAGACUGAUAAAAAUGAUGAGGAACGAGAAUAAGGAUUUGGCCAGAAAGAUCCAAGAGCUUGAAACUGAAAAAGAGGAAUUAGAAGAGCUGAUGGGCAUUGAGAGGAAGAGGGACAAGGCUGUGAGAAAAACCCUGAGAAAGGGGAUGGACCCAGCUAUUAAAGAAGCUGAAAAAGAGGAAGAGAAGAAGCAGCGUGAUCAGUUCCUGCUAAUCAAAUCAUUAAGAUCAAAGAUUGAGAAGCUCACCGCCUGUCACAGUCCAGACCCAAAACCAGAGUCCCAGAUAAAAAUUACAAAGAAGCUGGGACCAGUCUGGACUUGGAUGGUGGGUGAAACAAUAAAAGCAGAAAAGAAAAACCAAGAGCUGCUUCAACAAAUCAAUGAUCCCCAAGUGACCGCACAACUACAAAAAGAAAAGCAAGGCCAGACAGAAACGGAGAAUGAGACUGAGGGAGGGAAUAGAAACAAGUCGUGGUUCUCCAACCUAAUCCACAGAAAAGAGAGGAAAUGGUCAGAGAAGAAAAAGAACCUGGAGCUAAACAGGGAGAUGGAGAGAUCCUAUCUAGAGCUGCAGCUUCAAACUAAUGAAGAGCUGCAUGUCUCCAUGAUGGUGAACCAGGCUGCUCUGAAGCAGAAGAUGCUCCAGGAGCUGAAACAAAAACAGCUAAGGAACAUGAGUGAGACAGAAAUGAAAGAAAGAAAGAAGCAGGAGGAGAAAGAGUGGAAGGAAAUAGAGAAGGAGUGUAAGAAAGCAGAGAAAAAGAAGGAGGCUCAGAAUGAGAGGAAAACUAAAAAGUGGUGGAAGAUAAGAUGGUUCACCAAGAAGCUUUAAAUCAAAAGAAAUGUAGCUCCACAUAUUGGGAGACGUGGAGCUAAAAAUUGGCAACAAUUCUGCACAAAAGUGGUGAAGUGGUCACAACACUGUGCAAAAGUGCUCGGGGAAACAUUCAUGUGCAACAAUUGUGUGCAAAAAAAAUUUUAUAUUGACCCCCAGAGCACAAAGUAGUGGAGUGGUCACUCUGCU